AGAGUGAGUUGACUGUUCUCCGUCACUAUCGAAGAAAAAAAAGAACCCUCCAGGGUUUACCAAAUCUACCAGGAUUUGCUGUGUAGAACCUGCUAAAGAAAGCAGUGACCGGGAUGGAAGUUGUUCCAGGAAGGACUGAAAAUGCUUUGUCUACAGUUGGUCCACGACCAAUGGAAUGGUCUACUGUCCCAUUUAGUGGCCCUCGAGGACCUGGGCCAAACGGAAAACAGCGUACAUCAGGUUUGGAAUCACCAAUCAUGUUGCUGGCGGGUCACCAGAGUGCUAUAUACACAAUGAAGUUCAAUCCAGCGGGAACGGCCAUUGCAUCUGGGUCUCACGACAAAGAAAUUUUUCUGUGGAAUGUGUAUGGGGAUUGCAAGAACUUCAUUGUUUUAAAAGGACACAAGAAUGCAGUUCUCGAUCUUCAUUGGACUACUGAUGGAACUCAGAUAAUAUCAGCCAGCCCCGAUAAAACUCUAAGGGCAUGGGAUGUUGAAACGGGGAAGCAGAUAAAGAAAAUGGCAGAACACUCCUCGUUUGUGAAUUCAUGCUGUCCUUGUCGGAGGGGACCUCCACUUGUUGUCAGUGGAUCUGAUGAUGGAACUGCCAAACUGUGGGAUAUGCGGCAGAGGGGCGCCAUUCAGACAUUUCCAGAUAAAUAUCAAAUUACAGCCGUCAGUUUCUCAGAUGCAUCUGACAAGAUCUUCACAGGCGGCAUUGACAAUGACAUUAAGGUUUGGGACGUGCGCAAAGGUGAAGUGAUAAUGACGCUUCAAGGCCAUCAAGAUAUGAUAACAGGUAUGCAGUUGAGUCCUGAUGGGUCGUAUCUUCUUACGAAUGGCAUGGACUGCAAACUCUGCAUAUGGGAUAUGCGCCCAUAUGCACCGCAGAAUCGAUGUGUGAAGGUAAUGGGAGGACACCAGCACAACUUCGAAAAGAACCUGUUGAAAUGUGGCUGGUCGCCUGACGGAAGCAAAGUCACAGCGGGGAGUUCUGAUAGGAUGGUUUACAUAUGGGAUACAACUUCUCGAGGCAUCUUGUAUAAGCUCCCUGGCCACAAUGGAUCAGUCAAUGAAUGUGUCUUCCAUCCCACUGAACCUAUUGUUGGAUCUUGCAGUAGUGAUAAGCAGAUUUAUUUGGGGGAGAUCUGAAAUUGAAACUUAAAAAGAAGCUGCACCUCAGAGACUGUUUAAAGAGCCCUACAAAGACUUUGAAAAGGUUGUAUCUCUUCUGUAGUUCCCAAGUUGAAUUUUGGCAUCUUUAUUGGCAAUGUAAAAGAUAUGUUCUUCCAUUUUGGAAUAUUGGCCAAGCCAGCCCGGAAACUAAUGGGGUGACCGAGUCACUCCCAGCCGUUGUUUGGGGAGCCACCCCUUAAAAAGGCUUGGAAGUGGCUCAGCCACCACCUAGGGUGGCUCAGAUAAUGUGUUGUGUUUCAGUUUUUUAACUUUGAAAUGGGAAUGACUGGAGCCUUCUCUUU